AUGGUCAUUACCCCCAGACACCCUGGCGAGGCUCACAUUGCUGUCCGCAAUGGUUCCGACCAUGACACCGGUAGUCCUUGGUGGGGCGGUGGCCAGGGAGAUCACGGCGAUGGUGGUGAAGGCGGCGGUGGUCUCCCAGAAGAGACCACUCCCCAUGAGGCUAAGACUCCGCCUGUUGAGACUCCCCCACCUGUCGAGACAGACACGCCUACUGUUCCUCCAGCUGUGACGCCCACCUCCACACCUGUUGAGACCCCCCCGGUUGAGACUUCUACUCCGUCUGAGACCGACACGCCUACUAUUCCCCCAGUCGUGACGCCCACCUCCACACCUGUUGAGACUCCUCCGCCGGUUGAGACUUCUACCCCGUCUGAGACUGACACAUCUACUGUUCCCCGGUUGUAA